UCUCAGUUGUAACUAAUGUCGGAUCCAUUCAAUGACUGCAGCCGCUGUUCAGGGUCUGAUGUGUAGAAAUGAGAUAGCAGUCAGAUUAAGUGGCUGUUUGUACCGGGUGCUGGAGUUAGCAUGCAGCCGGACCACGCUAGCUUGUUUCAGCAGCUCGCUGCGGUAACGUUACCGGUCACGUAUGUUUAACGGUCGGACUGACGUUAGCCUACCGGCAGACACACUUUGAUGCUCCGAGCUCGACCCCUGGCUGUCCUGUGAGGUUACUGAGAGAAGAAGACAACCAUGGCUCCACACCCAGUGGUCCAGGCUAUCAUUGACCUCUCUGCAGGAGCCAUAGGGGGAGCUGCAUGUGUCUUCAGUGGGCAGCCGCUGGACACAGCAAAGGUCAAGAUGCAGACCUUUCCCACGCUGUACCGGGGUUUCAUCCACUGCAUCGUGUCCACCUACAAACAAGUGGGUCUGCGUGGCCUCUACCAGGGCACCAUGCCGGCGUUGAUGGCCAAUAUCGCCGAGAACUCGGUGCUCUUCAUGAGCUAUGGCUUCUGUCAGCAGGUCAUCCGCUUCACGGCCGGACUGCACAGUGAAGCUGUGCUGAGUGACAUGCAGAAAGCCUGUGCCGGCUCAGUAGCGUCCAUCUUCUCCUCGCUGGUACUCUGCCCCACCGAGCUCGUCAAGUGUCGACUGCAAACCAUGUAUGAGAUGGAGGCAUCAGGCAAGAUCGCGAAGAGCCAGAAUUCUGUGUGGUCGGUGAUGAAAUCCAUCAUGAGGAGCGAGGGACUGGUGGGCUUCUUCCAGGGUCUGACCCCCACUAUAGCCAGAGAGGUCCCUGGCUACUUCUGCUUCUUCGGUGCCUACGAGGUCUGCCGCACUACCUUCGCAGACUACAUGAAAUGUGAAAAGGAUGACAUAGGUGUGGCUCCGAUCGUAUUCAGCGGUGGUUUCGGAGGAGCCUGUCUGUGGCUGGUGGUCUAUCCUAUGGAUUGUGUCAAAUCUCGGAUCCAGGUCAUGUCUAUGACGGGCAAACAGCCGGGGUUUUUCAAGACCUUCAUGACCAUCGCUCGUACUGAAGGGGUGAGGGCGCUCUACUCCGGGCUCACCCCCACCAUGGUGCGCACCUUCCCUGCUAACGGAGCGCUGUUCCUGGGUUAUGAAGUCAGCCGGAAGCUCAUGAUGAAGCAGUUUGACGGCUAACCUGGUCCACACGCAUAGCACAAAUGUAGAAGAAACAGUCGACUGGAAGAGAAGUAUUGUAGCCAUAUACCCAAAUGUGUGGGAUCUGGUUUUGCCAUUUCCUACUCGGGUAUUAUCCAACUGAAACUGCCACACUCCAUGACUUUUGAAACUGCAACUAAAUUAUUUUUUUUUUUGUAGAUCUGACUAUUGUUUGUAUUCAACGCUCCAAAAAAGCUGUUGCCAACAUGCAGUAUAUGACAAACGGUAGUGAGCAACCGCUUUAUGACAAACACUUCAGUUUAUUAUUUUAUGUCUACCUCAAUAAAGUCCUAUCCGCACACAUUUCUUAAUCUGCCAGGUAAUGAGUUACAUCCAUAACAGAAACCCUCUGUUGUGUUGUGAGGUUAUCUUUGACGCACAAACUCUUAAACUGCCCAGCUCAACGCAUUACGACUGUAUGCAAAAAUGUCAAGCGACAUAUACUGACUCAUUUAAGUUGCCUAAAGCAUGUUGUGAUGAUGGCCUUUUGAAUUUUAGAGUCUCUUACUGGUGAAUUUUGGGUCAGUUUUGUUUUAGUAACAAAACAUGCAAUUAUGCCAAUAAAUGUGCUCAAACAUUUACUUGCAUUUCAGAAAUUUUACAGGCUUCAAAAGAAAUGUCAAACCCAGCCUACUUGGAGCCUGAUUUGUCUCGUACGGACUGUUUUUCAGCUGACGUGUUCUUUUCCACUCCUCUUGUGACUCCUUUGAGAACAAGCAUUUGCCUUUAAAAUUACUACAUUUGCUCCCUUUUGUUGUGUAAACAUUUAUUUUACGUACAAGGCAAUGAGAAAAUAAUAGUUGCCAUGUGCCAUUUGCACUCCUUGGAGACACUUCUGAAAAAAAAAAAAAAAAAUUUUUCCCCCAUUGCUUGAUCAUUUGCAUUCUUGUAGGUAUUUUAUCCUAAAAAUCUUGAGUUUUGAGAUAUUUAUAUAGAUAUCAUUGCUGAUAUUCAUUGUCCUAAUACAAUCUACAUUAAAGGUGUCAGUGAAGAAAA